AGCGAUGCGCCUCCUACCUCGUGAAGAGCAGAAGCUACUUUUACACCAGACCGGCUUUCUAGCCCAGAAACGUCUCGCCAGGGGCCUGAGACUCAACCAGACGGAAGCUACAGCUCUGAUCGCGUCUCAACUGCAAGAGCGUAUCCGCGAUGGAAAGCACUCCGUCGCUGAACUCAUGCAGCAUGGAAAAACCAUGCUGGGUACACGACAUGUACUACCUGCCGUACCCAGCCUUCUCCACGAGAUCCAAGUCGAGGGAACAUUCGAGGACGGCGUAUUCCUUGUUACCGUGCACGAUCCAAUCUGCACGGAUGAAGGGGACUUGGAUGCUGCUCUCUAUGGCUCCUUCCUUCCCGUCCCAUCCAUAGACAGCUUCCCCGCUAUCGAUCCCUCGGAGUACUCUCGCGAGAAGGGACCGGGAGCUGUGAUCGCAAAGAAGGAACGGAUAGUCAUCAAUCAGGGUCGGGACCGCGUGCGUCUUCGUGUCACGAACAACGGCGACCGUCCAGUCCAAAUUGGCUCUCAUUACCAUUUCGUCGAAACAAACGCCGCUCUAAUUUUCGACCGUGGCAAGGCAUAUGGGAAGCGUCUGGAUAUACCUGCCGGAACCGCUGUUCGAUUUGAACCUGGAGAUACCAAGUCAGUUACAUUGUGUGCUAUUGCUGGUGAAAGAGUCAUCUCCGGCGGGAACUCUCUUGCGUCUGGAGUCUUCGACCUGGGAAGGACGGAGAGCAUCGUGAACAACUUGAUUCAGAGAGGGUUCGGUCAUGUAGCGGAACCUGGUGCGCUCGAGGUCCAUGAGGACACCGAUAUUGGGCGAGAGGCCUACAUCGCAAUGUACGGCCCGACCGUGGGUGACAGGGUUCGGUUAGGGGACACUGCAUUAUGGAUUGAGGUCGAGCGUGACAUGACGAUCUACGGAGAUGAGGUGAAAUUUGGUGGUGGAAAGUCCAUCCGCGAGGGGAUGGGUCAGGCCACAAACAGAUCGGCAGCGGAAACUCUAGACCUUGUCAUUACGAACUGCUUGAUCAUCGACUGGUCAGGGAUCUACAAGGCCGAUAUAGGUGUCAAGGAUGGCGUCAUUUCUGGCAUAGGCAAGGCAGGAAAUCCGGAUGUGAUGGAUUCCGUCCCUUCUUCCCUCGUCAUAGGAUCCAAUACCGAGGUUAUUGCUGGUGAAAAGCUCAUCAUAACGUCGGGAGCCAUAGACGCUCACGUGCACUAUAUUACGCCCACGCAAGUCAUGGAGGCUCUUGCAGUCGGGACGACCACCAUGAUUGGAGGUGGCACGGGUCCAAGCGCAGGCACUAACGCUACAACAUGCACACCAAGCCCUCUCGCGCUCCAGCACAUGUUUGCUGCCACAGAUGGAAUGCCCAUGAAUUUUGCCUUUACAGGCAAGGGCAACGAUGCGGGACCAAAGGGCCUAGAGGACAUAGUGAAGGCAGGUGCUGCUGGACUCAAAUUGCAUGAGGAUUGGGGUACAACACCGGCUGCUAUCGUGAAUUGCCUGGAUGUCGGCGAUAAGUACGAUGUGCAGGUCAACAUUCACACAGAUACACUGAACGAGAGUGGAUUCGUCGAAUCAACCAUCGCAGCCUUCGGGGAUCGCACAAUCCAUACGUACCACACAGAAGGGGCUGGUGGUGGACAUGCGCCCGACAUCAUCGUCGUGUGCGGCCUUCCUAAUGUUCUUCCGUCGUCUACCAAUCCCACUCGUCCAUAUACCAACAAUACCCUCGAUGAACAUCUUGACAUGCUCAUGGUUUGCCACCAUCUGGACAAAAGUAUCCCUGAGGAUCUUGCCUUCGCAGAAUCUCGAAUUCGCGCAGAGACGGUGGCAGCCGAGGAUGUCCUCCACGAUACGGGUGCUAUAUCCAUGAUCAGCUCCGAUUCGCAAGCAAUGGGCCGCGUUGGUGAGGUGAUCAGUCGUACAUGGAGAACGGCAAGCAAAAUGCGAGAAUUCAGAGGACCUCUGGAAUCUCUGGGAGACAUAGAAGGGGUCGACAACGGGCGAGUCAAGCGAUACAUAGCGAAGUAUACCAUAAAUACUGCUAUCACACAUGGCAUAAGCCAUAUAGUUGGAGAUGUAUCGAUUGGAAAACUAGCCGAUCUCGUCCUCUGGAAGCCUGAGAACUUUGGUGCCAAACCUGAGAUGGUUCUGAAGUCUGGAGUUAUCGUAUGGUCUCAAAUGGGCGAUGCCAAUGCAUCUAUUCCGACCGUUCAACCAGUUAAAGGCCGACCGAUGUGGGGGUCUUAUCCGGCCUCCGCCGCUCUAAACUCCGUCACAUUCGUCUCCGAAAUCUCAAUCACUUCAGGCGUCAUGGCUUCCUACGGGCUCUCCAAACGUUUCAAAGCGGUGAAGGGGUGCAGGGCCUUGACAAAGGGAGAUAUGAAAUGGAAUGAUGCGACACCGCGCAUGAAGGUCGACCCAGAGAGCUACGAGGUGCGGGCGGACGGGGAGCUCGUCGACAUUGCGCCCGCUACGAAACUGCCGCUGGCGAGAGUCUACAACAUUUUCUGAUUGGUCGAUUGAUUCGUCAAAGAUCAUCAAUGUUUUGUGGCAUGAGGAUUUUUUAUCAUUAGGAAAGACGUAGGGCAUAGGAUAAUACUCUGGUGUAAGGUAUUAUUACGGAAAUAAAUUUGAACAUAUGUACUGUACGAAGAAAGCGAAGGGCAUGACGCAGAAGGUUCUAUACAGAGUACUAUAGGGACGCAUGGAGAAAACACAGGGGCAGAGACUUGCACAGGAAAUUUGUAUCUGUAAAGAGCACCUUCUACAUUUACCCUGAGCGGUAAUUGCGACUCAUCAGGGGACGUAGACAUGUUACAAGCGAUACCCUCAGUCAUCCCUCUCAAUAAUACACGCUUUGCAAAUUGUCACUCUUCAUCCCAUUCGAGCGUGGUGUAGUAGACGAUCGAAUACGACUUGGGCCGGCCAUAUGGCUUGACUAUUGGUACCCGUCACUCCUCCACC